AUGAGUCGUGAGCUUUCAAUCGAUAGGCUCGACAGCUUGCCAGAUGAAGUCAUAUGCCACAUUCUCUCCUUCCUCCCCACAAGGCUCUCUAUGUCAACCAGCGUCCUCGCUAAACGAUGGAGGUUUUUGUGGGCCCACGUCCCUGUUUGUGAUUUCGAAGGAAAUUUUAAAAAAGGUUUGGAAACACCAAAUCUAGACGUGAUAUACAGUGUUAUUCAGCGGCACAAGGUAAAGACAAUUCAUAGUCUUCGGCUGAGUAUAGGGUGCUAUGAGUCUCAACUAAAUACAUUGAUCUCCACUACCUUGGAGCGUAACAUCCGGAAUCUUCAUAUCGAUCUUGGCGUAAAUACUAUUGUUUUCUUGCAUCGAACUCUCUUCACCUGCAAAACCGUGGUCGAAAUGAGGCUCGAUAACGGCCUCUGCUUGCCUUCAACUGGGGGCGCAUGUUUGCCUAGCCUCAAGAAACUUCAUCUUUCUAAAGUUGACUAUGAGGAUGAUAAUGCGCUUACGUACUUGCUUUCUGGCUGUCCUUUGCUCCAGGAGUUGAUCAUCGAUCAUUCGGCUGAUGAAACAGAUAUGAGAUUCUUUCAUGUAGUAUCAUCCACGAUAAAAAUGCUUGAGGUUAUUGACAGAUUUGGCCUAUUUGGUGGUUCAAGCAUAAAGUUUAAUAAUUUAACUAAACUUGAACUCCAAUUGGGUGUUGAAUGGCAUUUGCUCGUGGAGUUUCUUGAAGUUGCUGAUAAUCUUGAAGUCCUCGUUGAUGGCCUAACUGUCAACAGACAUAACAUUCGGUGUCUCGAGUUUAAUAAACGAGAUGGGUGUUUGUUGCCUGACCCAUUUCACGUGGAGUUUUGCUGUAAUGCGUUGUUUGGUUUGGUUUACAGGCAACUGUCACUUGACUUGCUAAAUGGGGCAUUUGGGGGCUUCAACGUGAACUUUGGUAAUUUGAGUCAUUUGACCCAACUCGAACUCAUUUUGGCUGUCGAAUGGCCAAUUCUUGUGAAGAUUCUUGAAAUUGCUGAUAAUAUUCCUGAGGCCCUUAUUGAACCAGAAUUGUUCUUUCCCCAGCCGGUUUGGGUUCCAACAAAUUGGGCCCGGAGACCCAUUAGUUCGCGCCCAAAACCAACCGACCAGGUACAUAUCUACUCGUUGAUAGUCGGGCUCAGCCCGUUGAGCAUGGGCGUCUGCCCCAGAACCGACUGGCUGGAACCGGGCCUGGCAGCCGGUUCAGGGCUUAGUUUUCGACCCUUUGUCCCUACACACAUACACGUACCUGCAAUUAACUGGCCAACUGCGAAAAAGAUUUUCGUGAAGCUGCUGGUAUGA